GCAGCCAGAGGCUUCUAGAAACAACGUGCACCGGGACGGUCGCCGGUAAAAACCAACCUGCUCUCUGCACACAACGUUACAGAUCAACACGUCGGGCUGAACAUGGCUAAAUGGGGAGAAGGGGACCCUCGUUGGAUCGUGGAGGAGAGAGCCGACGCGACUAAUGUCAACAACUGGCACUGGACCGAACGAGAUGCAACAACCUGGUCGUCGGACAAAUUAAAAUCCCUGCUCCUCGGUUUGAGCGUGGAGAACGACGAGGGGAGGUGUGAGGUGACAGAAGUGAGCAAGGUGGAAGGAGAAGCCUCCAUUAACAACCGCAAAGGGAAACUUAUUUUCUUCUAUGAAUGGAACCUGAAGGCUACUUGGACCGGAGAGUCCAAAGCAGGAGUCAAAUAUACGGGAACCAUUGACGUUCCCAACCUUUCUGACGAGAACGACAUGGAGGAUCUGGAUAUUUCUGUAUCGUUGAAUAAAGAUGAACCGGAAACGCCGCUGACCAACCUGAUGAAGACAAAAGGAGCAGAUACAAUCCGUGAAGUCCUGGGGAGCUACGUCGGGUUCUUGAAAACAGAGUUCACUCAGGGAAUGAUCCUGCCGACAGCCAACGGUGUGUCCAAGUCCACGUCACAGUCCAAGGCCACAGUGGACAACACUCGGAUUUCCUCCUCGAGCAGCACAGCUGCUCCCGUCAACACCGGCGUCAAGAUCCCCACCUGUAAGUUCAGCAUGAGGGAGAAGUUCCUCACCUGCCCGGCUGAUCUCUACCGCGUCUUCCUCAACCAGGAGAUGACCCAGGCGUUCACUCACGCUCCGGCGACGGUGGACGGAGAGAAAGGAGGGAAGUUCCGUCUGUUAGAAGGAAAUGUUUUUGGUGAAUUCACAGAGCUGGUACCUGAUGAGAAGAUAGUGAUGAAGUGGAGGUAUAACAACUGGCCCUGUGAGCACUACGCCACCAUCUCCAUGUCGUUCUACGACCGCAGCAGCGAGACGGAGCUGAAGGUGGAGUGUCGGGGCGUCCCGGACGAGGAGGAGGAGCGCACGAGAGAGGGCUGGCAGAGAUACUACUUUGAAGCGAUUAAACAGACUUUUGGCUACGGAGCGCGACUCUACUGAGGACGCCUUUUCGCUGUAGUUGACUGUUUUCUUCUCUUGUUUGGAUUUUGUUUUUUUAACUUCUUGUUCCUCCGAUCUCUCUGGCACAAGAUGUCCCGCUGUAACAACUUAUAGCUCGAGUUGACAAAAGAGACAAUGAGGUGAUUCCGUCACCAGUCUGAGUGUAAAUGUUUUAAUUUUUUCAUCGUAUUUAAAUCUAGAUUUGUCCCCGUCAGUAUUUGGGUCAGUUGUUCAAAAGGAGCGUAAAUGGAUUAAAUAAAAGAGCUAUUGAACCACUAAUGCAAAUCUAUAAAUAUGUAAUUACUGCAAGAGUUAAAAUAAAUGUUUUGGUUUUCUUUUACUAAAAAAAAAAAAAAAAAGAUAUUAUGUUGCUUUUUUUUCUACUUCUACUCUUUUCAAGUGUAACUGUGGUAAAGAUGCAUGUUUCAUUUCCAUGACUACUGGAUCAGAACUUCAUGGUGAAGAACGUCUCAUUGAGACUUUAUCAUGUUCGUCCAGCUCGGACCUUCAGCGGGAGACGUCGCCCAUCGUGCAGCUAGCUAGCGUAGCAACUCAAGUCACACGGUUUGCUAGAUUUGACUUUCACGGGUAAAUUUACAGUAAAAAAAAAAAUGGUUUUCAGAAUAAAAUGCAUUUAUUUAUUCGUCAUUUCACCUCACGAUGUAAAAAGAUUAGUUUCUUGGAAUAAACCAAUCCCUGUAUGCUC